AUGGCAUUUAAAGACGAGGAAGAGCCAAAGAAUCCAAAGCUAGUAGAAAUCGGAUGGGAGAUCGUACAAAAGUGUGCACAAGUUCUUCUUGCUAUAAGGAGCAUAGCAAGUCUAUUAUACUUCAACAACUCAGAAGUUUAUUGGUUGUCUUUUAAAAACAAUGAACUUUACAAAAUAACUCAACAAGAGAAAGGUAUUUUCCCAAUACUUAAGUUGAGUUAUGAUCAUCUCCCACCACACUUGAAGCAAUGUUUUGCAUUUUGUUCGUCGUUUCCAAAAGAUUAUGGAAUUAAAGUGGAUGAGUUGAUUCAAUUAUGGAUAGCUCAAGGCUUUAUUCAUUUAUUAGAUGAAAAGAGCCGACUUGAAGAUGUUGGUCUCGAGUAUUUUAAGGAUUUGCUUUGGCGGUCGUUUUUCCAAGACAUAAAUAUCAAUGCGUAUGGGGAUAUUUACCAAUGCAAAAUGCAUGACCUUAUUCAUGAUCUUGCACAGUCAGUAGCGGGAGCCAAGUCCAUAAUUUCAACUUCAAAUGCAAAAAAUGUAGUUGAAAAAACUCGCCAUGUGGCCUUUGAUUCUUUAAAUUCAUUAAGGGAUAUUCCAGCUCCCUUGUUCAAGGCAGACAAAAUGAGAUUGCUUUUGCCGCGUUUUCCAAUAUUUUAUGGAUAUGGUCAAUCAGUACUUGAGGGGAAUAAGCGAGUCUAUGAUACACUUAUUUCAAGUUUUAAAUGCUUGCGUGCCUUGAAUUUGAGUAACUCGAAUAUUUAG